AAUCACCACCUAUAGCAGCCUGCUGACGACACGCUUUUCAAGGUCUUGCAUCGGAUCAGUAUACAGUAUGACGACCAGGACAGUGAUACCGACACCUGUGUGUCACGACAUGGCUGAGCUACCCUCCGCCUCGGAAGAACGUGCUCGUCUAAACCAGCACCUCCAAGAACAUUCCAACGUCGAACUUGACUUUAACAUGCCAUCUCCAUUGGCUAAACAUAUUGUUCUGGGCCUUGCAGUCACAACAGGCUCUGCAAUCGGCGAACAACCACCCUCCGAAGAAGACCUCCUCUCGUCGUUCGAAGCACAGAAUAGUGUGGGUCUGUCAGCUGGUGCGAGGGCUUGGACGAAACACGCACAUCGUUCCGGGUGUAACACUAACACCGAUUCCUCUCAAUCCGGCUUAGAGUCAGACUCGAGUAGUUCAAGUUGGUGGGGAAACCCGAAAGGCCCGAUCUCCGCACUCAACGACCGCGCUCUCCAGCUUUUCGAUAAGAUCAUGCAAUCCGCGACGUGGAGGAACUUACAUUGGUUACCGCAUGAAGUGCUUGUGUAUGAAGUUCGUGUUGAGGAAGGGUAUGGGAUGCGGUGGUCCCAGGAUCGAUCCACAUCUGGUGAGAAUGUGACAAGAUCGGAUAGUUCAGGUUCGUCGAGAGAGGAUGCCGAGGAGGAAGAGGACCAGUGCCGGUGGGUAUUUCGAGGGUUCGUGGAACCGAUGAUGGAGAAUGGGCAUGAAGUGGGAUGGAGACAUUAAUGGUUCAGCAGCCGUUCCCCGGACAGUUGCAAGUUUCUCGUAAAGUACUGGAUGUUUAAGUGUACAUAUAGUAGCUCUCAUUAUAUAGAUACCAUUG